UCUAAUUGCUGCCCUGUUUUAAAUUUUUCUUAAAUUUUAUUUAUAUGCAAUGAACACAGAUUGAAGAAAGAUUUUUUUUAAACACCAAAUUCUACCCUCUAAAAAUUGUACUUUUGGCUUCAGUUUGUGUAUUUCCAGACAUACUUAGCCAUGUGCCAAAGUUGACUGUAGUUUAGUUACUGUUCCCACCAAACCUUCAAGCCCUAGUAAACUUUUGUCCAUGAUACUAUUAUGGUCUUGAAUGCUUCUCUCUCCUCUAAGUCUUGUGUAGUAUCCAGAUUUUGGCUUCUGCUUAUUCCAUGAAGCCUUUCCCAGUUUCUCCAGUCUUUUUGGUGGUAGUUCUACUUUGUUUAAAACACCGCUUUGGCACUUGAAUUAUGCUGUUUUGGGUUAUUGUUUAUUUGUAUGUUCUAUUUCUCUAGUGAAAAUGCAGCUCCUGGGGAGCAGAAUAUUUGUCUUAAGCUCUGUUUUCAUUUGUAGCACAGAGGAUAGGGUCACUAAUUGGUUUGAUUCUAUGAUUAGGAUCUAGUGUCAUUGACAGGGCAGUUUCCUCCUAUUAUUUAUUAUUAGUUUUUUAAACUAAUAUUAGUUUAUUAGGGGAAUUAACUUAGAUUUUUUUUGUACAAUUAAAUGACCAGGGAAGACAAAUAUAUAAAGCAUGUUGAAUUGAUAAGAUCCUAUAGUAUAGGGAUAUUUUGUUCAUACUCACUUCCUAUUUGUAGCCUUUUUUCCCCCUUUUUUUUCCUCUUAUAUUUACCUGGUUUCUUUUGAAAAACAUGGUUUGGGCCAGAUAUUAUGACAAAAAUAAAAAUUAAAAGCAUUUUUGUCUUAAAAUUGUAUAGUUAAAUUAUACUUUAUGUCAUAAGCCCAAAUUCAUUCAAAUUCUAAAAAAUUUUGUAAUUUUGUAGCCAAAAUUGUUUAAAGACAUAUUAACCAUAAGGUCUCCCGAAGUAGAACUUGUAAAAUAUCAAUCGGCAGAUCCUUACUUGCAAGUCCCUCUCGAGCAUUACUAUAUUUUGUACUACUAGUUUUAUUAUUUCAUUAAAAAGACUUUUAUAAUGGCUAGUAUCUGAGAGCUAUUGUUGAUAUUUUUGCUACAGUUAUCAAAUGUUUAUGGAAUACCUGCUUGUUUGUAGUGAGGUAUUUUUGGUACUUUUUUUUUGGCAUUUAUAGGGAUUGAUUUCCUUUUUCAUUUUAAAGUUUACUAGGGCUACUAUUAUUACAUAUUUGUAAUUGCUUUAUCUAAUAGUGUUUUUAGGGCAUGUGUACCUUGUUAUUACACUUAAUGCGAUUUCUUUCUUUCUUUCUUUCUUUUUUCUUUCUUAAGACAGGGUUUCUCUGUGUAGCCUUGGGUGUCCUGGACUCGCUUUGUAGACCAGGUUGGCCUGGAACUCACAGAGAUUCACCUGCUUCUGCCUCCUGAGUGCUGUGAUUGCAGGUUCAAUGUAUCUAUGCCUGCCUACUUCAAUCUGCAAGGGAGUUUCAGAAAGGCCCCGCAUUCGCCGAGCCGAGAUACUACUCGUCAACGAAUCAAAUUCAGCGAUGACAGAGUAUGCAAGAGCCACCUUCUCAACUGUUGCCCCCAUGAUGUCCUAUCUGGAACUAGAAUGGAUCUUGGAGAAUGCCUGAAAGUCCAUGACCUGGCUUUAAGAGCAGAUUAUGAAAUUGCAUCCAAAGAACAGGACUUUUUCUUUGAACUUGAUGCCAUGGAUCAUCUGCAGUCCUUCAUUGCAGAUUGUGAUCGAAGAACAGAAGUGUCAAAAAAAAGAUUAGCAGAAACUCAAGAAGAGAUAAGUGCUGAAGUGGCAGCAAAGGCUGAGCGUGUUCAUGAGCUAAAUGAAGAAAUAGGUAAAUUGUUGGCCAAAGUGGAACAAUUAGGAGCUGAAGGAAAUGUGGAAGAAUCUCAGAAAGUUAUGGAUGAAGUAGAAAAGGCACGGGCAAAGAAAAGAGAAGCAGAGGAAGUUUAUCGGAAUUCUAUGCCAGCUUCCAGUUUCCAACAGCAGAAACUUCGUGUCUGUGAAGUCUGUUCUGCAUAUUUAGGUCUUCAUGAUAAUGACAGGAGACUUGCUGAUCAUUUUGGGGGUAAAUUGCACCUGGGAUUUAUUGAAAUAAGAGAGAAGCUUGAAGAACUAAAGAGAGUUGUAGCUGAGAAGCAGGAGAAGAGAAACCAGGAGCGCCUGAAACGAAGAGAAGAGAGGGAGAGAGAAGAACGGGAGAAACUGAGGAGGUCCCGCUCACAUAGCAAGAAUCCCAAAAGAUCUAGAUCCAGAGAGCAUCGUAGACACCGAUCUCGCUCUAUGUCACGAGAACGCAAGAGGAGGACUCGAUCCAAGUCUCGGGAGAAACGCCAUCGCCACAGGUCCAGGUCCAGUAGCCGCAGCCGCAGCCGCAGCCAUCAGAGAAGUCGGCACAGUUCAAGAGAUAGGAGCAGAGAACGAUCCAAGAGGAGAUCCUCAAAAGAGAGAUUCAGAGACCAAGACUUAGCAUCACGUGACAGAGACAGGAGUUCAAGAGACAGAUCACCUCGUGACCGAGAUCGAAAAGAUAAGAAGCGGUCCUAUGAGAGUGCUAAUGGCAGAUCAGAAGACAGGAGGAGCUCUGAAGAGCGUGAAGCAGGGGAGAUCUAACUAGCUGUGUAUAUAUCUGCAAUCUUUAAGCUUUCUAUGGAGUUACAUGCUUUCGUUUAGUGUACAGCUGUCAGAGUGACAGUGAACAGUUCUAGACACCAAUCCAGUCAGGCUAGAUGUAUCUAAUGAUCUGAACCAAACCUGUUUUCCUUGAUAGAGCCUAAAACUACAUCCAUAGUUUCUGGUGAACUGAACAUACAGUUUUGAUAAAAUAAGAUGCUGAUCUCUAUUCUUUCAAGUAGGAGUGAUAGUGAAUGGAUUGUGUUAAUGCCUUGAAAUCUUUGAACAUUUGUAAAAUACUGUCUUCCUUUCUAUUCCAAAUAGCAGCAGCUUUAAGAGUUUUUUUUUUUUUUUUCUUUAUUAUUCUUUUUCCUUUGACUUUUCUAUCUUAUAAUACCUGUGCCUCCAACUGUAAGAGAAACGGGGGCAGGGAAGCAAUAUAACUUUUGUUCUAAGAUUCUGUUCACGUCAAUUACAGUUGAUUACAGUUGAGCAUUUCUACUGGAUUGCAUGCUGAAGAAAUUUAAAUAUGGGGCUGUUGUUUGUGGCCUAUUGGGGUUGAAAGUUGAACAGCUAUUGCAUUACAUACUUUUGCUUUUUUAUUGAAAAAUUUGAAAUCAGACUUGUCUUGAUUUUUCUGUUCUAUUAAACUGCUCAGUGUAUUGAGGGGGAAUGGGGCAGGGACUGUUAAAUAAGCGUGUGUGUGUGUGUGCGAGUGUGCGUGUGUGCGAGUGUGUGCGUGUGUGUGUGCGCGCGCCUGUGUGUAUGUGUAGUAGAAAGGCUAUACUCUUACUGUAAAAAAAACAUGAAACAAUCACCACCACCAUUAUUACACUGUAACUUGUUUAGUAAGUUAUCACUAGAACUAUUUGCUAUGGGUAUUUUCCUCUAUUCUGUAACAUCCUUAACAGUACCUUACUGUACAAGGCACUAAAGGAAGUAAAUAUAUAAUUGUGGAUUCCUGAUGAACUGUUGUUCCCCUUAAAUCUUUUGCUGGCUAUACUCCAUUACUUCAGAGCUGUGUUUAACAGUUCUGUAAGGAAAGUUUGGACCUGUAGAAACAACUCAGAGUCACUUGUUUGUAUUUCUUAAUUGACAAGCCUGAAUAAAAACAAUAUGUAACCAAUAUAAUGAAA